UUUCUAAGGUGGAAGCUGGGAUGUCAUUAUCAGGGUAGCAUGUAAUGUAGUGAAAGGAGUAAGUAUCAACUCCUCCUCCCACACUCAUUCCUAUGUUAUGUUAGGUCCUGUAUCCCUUUAAUUUUUCUAGAGGAAUUUUCUGCUUUCUAUCUAAAACCCAGUUCAGAUUCUCAACGUUAAAAGUUAAAAAGUCAAUUGUAUGAAAGGUCUAGAGUCAGAAACACGUUAUGCUUUCUUCUCACAAGGAAGUUUCUAAGACUCUCCAGCGUUGAACACCUUAAAAUAUAGUAGAAGUUGGUCACCCACAUAACCGACCUUCCAAAAUAAAUUUUCCUUGUAUGCUUAGCAGCUCCAGAAGAAUUCCAGGCAGCCAGAUUUAAACACCUAAAGUUCUAAGCUGCUGCCAAGUACCUAGAGAACCCGUUAGGAAGUAGGAGGAGUUGUUCACCCACAAAGCCCAUUUUUUUCAUUUGUCUCUUUCUUCCUUGAUUUCCCUACAAAAGCCAUACAUGCCUCCCCUCAAUCCACCAAACUAAGCAUCUUACCAAUUCACAGGCACUUCCAGCACAUACUUGAGAGCAUAAGAUGGCGGCAUACGGAAAAAUGGAGACAAGUCUGGUCCUAGUCCUAGUGACGAUGCUCUGGGCAGGAGUUGCAGCUCAGUCGAGUUGUACAAGUGUGAUCAUCAGCAUGUCACCAUGCUUAAACUAUAUUACCGGCAACUCCUCGACCCCGUCUUCAGGAUGUUGCACACAGCUUGCCAGCGUUGUCCGUUCACAACCACAGUGCUUGUGUGAGGUUCUUAAUGGUGGCGGCUCAUCGCUGGGGAUCAACGUCAACCAAACUCAGGCUCUUGCCCUACCUGGUGCUUGUAAUGUUCAGACCCCACCCCUCAGCCGCUGUAAUGCUGCUUCAUCACCAGCCGACUCUCCUGCAGGAACACCAGACUCUUCAAAUACAACUCCUUCAGGAAGCGGAUCUAAAACCGUGCCAUCAACAGACGGUACAUCAGCAGGAAGUUCCAUCAAGUUGUCAAUUUCUCAUCUCUUCUUCCUUCUUUGUGCGGCAACAUUUGCUUCGACCAUCACAGCAUACUAGCUUCGACCUUCACAGCACUGCAUUUCUACCUAGUUUUGAUUGAUUGUCAUUGUAUUCUAUGUUUAUUAUUAGAUUGUGUGGUUCAUGUAUAUUUAUUGGUUGUGACCCCGUCAGGGGUUAAUAUGGUUUUGUAUUACUGAGGAGACAUCUUGAUCUCUUUCCUUCUCAAUAAAGAUGGCUUUCUGGAUUAUGAUUUAUCCACUGGGAAAUUAAGGCAACAUCUAGAAAUCAUGCAAUAUCACUUUGAGAUUAAACAAUAAUCAAUUCAGCAAUAAGAUAGUAAAACCGA